AUGAGUUUCCAGUUACCUACGUUCGAUGAGCUUCCACCAGUCGAGGGCAUGCCUCAAGGCUGUGCGUGGGGCAUCUUCGAUAAAGAUGGACGAAAUGACAUUUUUGGUACGCUGAAUCUGUUGACGCCAGAGGUAGUCAAGGCUGCGACUGCAGAGGUGCGAAAGGGAAUUUCUGUUUCUCUCAACUGGUCUCUCGAAAGUAUCAAAAAUCCUGAGUUCUUCCGUAAAAGCCUUUCUCACAAGGUAAUGAAGUUGGAGGAUGGGGAGACAGGUUCACACUUUGGAUUUGAUGAUGAGGUUGAGUUCAAUACACAAGCAAGCAGCCAGUGGGAUAGUCUGUGUCACUUCUUACAUCUUCCCACUGGAAUGGCAUACAACGGAAUGAAGCCUACCCUUGAAGGAUUGCAGAGCCCAUGCACUGCAACCCAAAACCUUCCUACACUCGACAAAUGGCACGACCGAGGCUGCAUCGUCGGCCGCGGCGUACUAAUCGACUACAAAUCCUACGCUGACCACAAAGGCAUCCAAUACUCCCCCUUCAGCAGCCACCGCAUCACUCCCUCCGACAUCGAAACCGUAGCCGCCUAUCAAGGCACAAAAUUCCAACCAGGAGAUAUCCUCAUCAUCCGAUUCGGCGUCACCGAGGUACUCGGCAAACUGAACGCCGAAGAACAAGCCGCGGCCAUGUCAACCCACCAUGCAUGCGGAUUAGAAGGUACCGAGGAGAUGGCCCGUUGGAUAUGGAACAAUCAUUUCGCAGCAGUGGCCAGUGACAACGUCGCUGUGGAAGCUAUGCCCCCAAUGCUGGAUGGUAAGGAACAGCCAUUGACCCAAUUGGUUUUGCAUCAGUGGUGUUUGAGUCUGUUUGGACUGCCGCUUGGGGAGCUUUGGUAUCUUAAGGAAUUGGCUGAGAAGUGCCGGGAUGAGAGAAAGUGGACUUUUUUGCUUACUUCGGCUCCGUUGAAUGUACCGGGGGCAGUGGGGAGUCCUGCUAAUGCGCUGGCGAUUAUUUAG